AGAAAGUAUAAAAAGUAUGAUUUAUGAAGUUGGCGUUUUUAGUCACCCUCGCUUUUUGUUUUAUAACUCUAACAGUUGUCAUUUUAAAAAACUUGUUAAGAGAUAUUUUUGUAAACGAUUUCAUGGCAAAUCUUAUAAAAAAAAAUUUAAGUCGAUCGCAUAUUAUCCGACGAAGAUAUACCGAAAAUAAAAAAGUGCGUUUAUUUCUGUUACACCCGUUAUAUAUUUUAAUAAAAUAAAAAUUCUUUCUUCUAGAGUGAACAAUUAGAUGAUCAAUUACGAAAUGCUCGAAAAAUCUAUCGAACAGCUCGACAACCUACAGUUAACAAUGUUUUGAAAACUCUUGUUGAUUUUUGUCAAUAUUUCCCUAUUGAAUAUUUUUUAAUCGAUGACAAUUCUCCAUCACGUUCAGAAUUAAUAACUCAAACAGUAACGAUUAAUAAUCAAUAUAAUGAAUAUAUCCAAAAGCACUUCUCCAUUACUGGUGCAAGAAAAGAAGUUUCGGAACCACCAGAAAAAAAACAAAAAGUGUUUUUAGAAGAAUUAAUGGAUACAGAUGGUGAAGAUAGAUCAAAAGAACAACAGAAAGAUGAACUUCAACAAUACACUGAUUUAAAACUUAAACAAGACGAAAAAUAUUUAAAUCCACUGUCAUUCUGGAAACAAAACGAACAAACUUACCCCAAUUUAGCUAAAUUAGCUAAACCUCAAUGGUUUAUACCAUUCAGCAAAGAUUUAACAACAACAACAAAGUCAUUUCAAAAAGCCAAGACAAAUACUGUUAAUGUUCAAAUGACGCAGAUUGUCAGUGAGUUUUCCUAUAUAAAUGCAACCGACAGUAUUCAGGCACAAAUUGUUGAAAUUCCAUUCAGUACUACGAGAAACAAUAAAAAUCUUCAGCUUGUAUUCACUAUUAUUCUACCAAAUGAAGGUGUCACAUUGGCAACUUAUUUAUCCAGUUAUCAUUACCAAAAUUCAAAAACUCAAUCGGCAUUUGAUCUGAAGAAACCACUUCAAACUGCUAAUGUAACUGAUGUUUUUGAUAAGACGGAAGCUAAUCUGAAAGGUAUCAGUCCAAGUCAACCGUCUCCUCUUUAUGUUACUGACGUAAUCCAUCAAGCAAUUAUCGAUGUCGAUGAAAAUGGUGUGACGGCAGCAGCUGUAACGGCAAUUAUUAUUGGUCCAGGUUUUAUUGAUCCACCUCGUUCCGAACAAAUAGUGUUCAAUUAUAAUCGACCAUUUUUAUAUUUAAUUCUAGAAAAAACCAGUGGACUCGUUAUUUUUGUUGGAACUUAUUAUGGAAAAUAA